AUGGGUGCAUGCUCCCCUGUUCCUGCACCAGUGUCUUCUCAGCAGCCGCAGUGGAGAGAGCACCUGCCCCAGAAAGCCCAGCAGCAGCAAGUGAAGCAAACCUGUCAGCAACCCCCUGUAUUUAUACCCCAAACUAAGGAUCCAUGUGCUCCACAGUCCAAGAAACAAUGCCCCCCAAAGUUCACAGCGAUCCCCACCCAGCACAAGUGCCCAUUGGCCCAGCAAACCCCCAAGAGUAAACAGAAGCAAGGGUAG